AUGUCUUCUCCGGGGGGUAUAUCUACCACCCAAACGACCGACCAUGGAGCCGGUCAAUCCAUCACGAAAAAGGACUUGGAGUUGCCUUCUAUUCAAGAAAUCCUCACUGAUCUCUCUUUCCCUUCUUCCUCUAUAGUACCUGGCACGGAAACAGUUGAUUUGAAAGAGCAACAAGAGAUGUUCCGUGGACUACGAGACAUCAUUGAAAAGGCCCAGGAGGUCGACGAGGCUGGCAGCACCUUCGAUCUCAAAGAGCUUCAUGCUUCUCUCGAAGAAGCGGAUGAAAACUCUAGACGCGGCCGUCGAGAUGCUGAAACUUUGCAAACUGUCUGCGCUACUCUGCACACGUUGUGGGCUUGCAAGUCCGAGUACUUGGUUCAGGCCACCGAGAUUAUUGCCAAUGGUAGCAGAGAUCCUUCAUGGCGUGCCCCAUUCGGACAGUCUGGUGUUUUAAGGUUUUUUUUGGAUGUGAUCUCGAUGAAGGAGGAUGUUGAUUCUAACCUGCUGCUUCACUCUCUGCGGGUUAUUGGCAAUUCCUGUGCCGAUACAGACGCAAACAGAGAGAUUGUCAUCAAAGGAAAUUAUACCCUAGCUAUCAUUCGAUACUUCCUCGAUCCAGAUUUGAUCUUUGUUGCCAUUCCGGUUAUCUACAAUAUCUGCAUGGAUUAUGAACCGGCACAUGCUCAGAUCGCUGCCAACCGGACAGCGUACAUCUUAUUGAAGCUGAUCAAAGAUGGAGAGAUUGAGGACAAUGAGGCUUUGCUCAAUUUCUCAUAUGAUUUGAUUGAAUUGGCAUCAGAACAAGCCGACGGCAUUGAAAACUCCCCCGACGGAACCAUUCUACUGCUGAUGGAGCUUGCUAUUGACGAGACCCUUGAGUUUUCUCAUUUCUCAUCAUUGGCAACUGCAUUGGCCACCUACUUAGAAAAAGAAAGGUUCCAGACUGUAUGUGUAUCGAACAAAAUGGUCGAAGGCGUGCUGGAUGUCCUACGUCGUUCUUCUUUGGUCGACGUGGACCGAUCCUCCGCCGAAGAUGUCAAGGCCCUCGCCCAGCUUCAACUGAAGAUCAACGGGGCCUUGGCCGAGGUAUCUGCCUCCCCAUUGUUCGCUCAGAACUAUCCGCUUGAUUCUUCUCUUACACGGACAUUGAAGUCGUGGGUUGUCACGACCGAAGACCAGCUUCAGAUCUGUGCAUGCGUCAUGCUUGGCAACCUGGCUCGAUCCGAUGAGGUUUGCCAGGUGAUGGUGCGUGAUUUGAAGAUUCAUGAGGAGUUAAUCUCGGUUCUCAAUGGUGAUUCUCGCGGUGCCGUCCUGCACUCCUCACUUGGUUUCCUGAAGAAUCUUGCUAUUGCUGGUGACAACAGAACCGUUCUCGGAGAAGCUGGUAUCAUCGCUACUGUUUCACGACUGUGGGCGUACGAAUCUGUUCCGCAGGUUCAAUUCUCAGCCGCCAGUAUUGCACGCCAGGUGGUAAUUUCCUCUGUGGAUAACAUCGUCCGUCUUCUUGUUCCACUCUCCCAGGACCCAGAUUCCCCGGCUUACAAACGAACAUAUCUAUCUUUGCUUUUGUCUCUCUUUGAAAAGACCGACUCCACGCCAAUCAAGACGGAAAUUGGCCGGACUGUCGCUUCAAUCUGUCGAACUCUUAGCCCCAAGGCUCGCGAUGGAGAUGAAAAAGCAAAGAACUUGCUAGACCGGCUGUUUACUCUACACGAUGGUGUUUCACUCCCAGUAGGUGCGAUGAUCACGCAGACUCAAUGGCCUGUUGUGCGCAGUGAAGGCUGGUUUGCUCUCGCUCUGAUGGCGAAUAAUGAAUUGGGCUGUGCCGCCGCUGUGGACUGCCUACACAACAGCGAGGUUACUGAGUUACUCAAGACGACUCUAGGUGCGGACACUGUGGAUCCAGACCAGACGAAGGAGAAGUCAGAGACAGACAAGUCGCAAGAGACCAAAGACCGGGACAACGCUUUCGUGCUUGUGCAAGGGCUUUUGAAGAAUGAUUCCGGCGCACUUCCUGUGGGAUAUAGAGACAUGCUAGAAGAUCUGGCAAAGCCUCAUGCUUCAUUGCUAAAAGCCACAUAA